AUGCAAACGAAUACAGAGGAUUGUUAUUGGGCAUUACUAUCCAGAAAAGAUUUUAGCUUCUUGUACUUGUCACCUUGGUUGUCGAACAAUUUGAAAAAUGAAUCAUCAGAUUUAUUAUUGGGAACUUCUCUUUUCGACUACUUUCGUCCUGAUGAAAAGAUGUUGGCUCAAAAAGAUUUGACUAGAGUUAAUAAUAAUAAAUUAUCGCUUUCCAUCACAAGCACAACUGCUCUUGAUUUAUCAUCAUCAACUAAUGUUGAUGAAUAUAUUGUUAUGGAUAUCGGAAUCUCUCUUACAAUAGAUGAAUUAAACAAAUGUUUAAAUAAUAAAAAUUCAUCGUCACCAAAUGGUCCAGCAAUCAAAUUCACAACUCCUCCUUCAACACCACAUUCCGAAAAAUUCUUUUCCGGGAAUAAUCCAUUGUUUCCACCGCCACCACCUUCAUUAGAUCCAUCAUUGACAUUUACAAAAUAUUUUUCCCAUCCUUGUGGUAGAAUUUUGUCAUCAAGGGCAUAA